AUGGCCAAAGAGAACGAAGAAUACGUGCGUGGCCGCAUCAAGCAAGCCCAAGCCGAGCAUCUUGCCGAGGCAAAACAGCGGUACCAGAGCUGGCUGGAAGGAGCCCAGGUCAAAGGAAUGCGUCCCCUGUACAAGGCAAUUCGCUCCCAUGAACAAGUCCUGGUAAGGCCCUUUCGUGACAAGGAAGCGGCGCUUCGGCCGUAUCUCAGGUACCACCAGUGGCAGGAGAUUUGGAAAAGCCAGACAAAACCAGUGGACCCGGUCGUUCCGGAGUUGCUCAGCAGGGCAGUCAAGGAGGCUGCUAGUUUGCCGGCCAUCACGGCUGCCCAGCUGCAAACCAAAUUUCAUUGCCUCCCUGAGAAGGUCGCUGUGGCUACAGGGCGCCACCGUGCCACGGUCUACCUUGACCUCACUACCUUCUACGAAACGCUUGCCCACUCAAGGCUCAUUGCCUCGGCACAGGAGCUGGCAUUCCCGGCGAGCCUGCUGAACAUCGCUAUUCAGAUAUACCGUGGCGCACGCAUCAUUGAUGCCGAGGGCACAAUGAGCCCUGUUUCGUACACGGGAUGCGGCGUUGUUGCAGGAUGCCCUGUUGCUCCUGCCUUGAGUAAGCUCGCACUUUACAGGCCUUGUAGGGCUGUGCAGAAUACUAGCCUUUUGGCAGGGCUAGACACUUGGAUAGAUGAUGUGUCGAUUGACGCAGAGGAUGCAGAUGCGCAGCGCGCGGCCCAAAAAAUUGUGGCUCUAUACAGAACCAUCAGAGAAGAGAUUGGCAAUGCUGAACUGUUGAUAAGCGCGUCCAAAUCUGCUUUCGUUUGUACGAAUCGGCACACACAGCAUCGUCUGAAGCAGCUUCUGCUUCCAGGUGAGCCGCCAGUUCUGCAUCUUGUCAAAGAUUUAGGAGUGGACUCGGCGGGAGCUCGUAGACGCCGAGUUGCCACCAGUAACGCACGCAUCUCCAAGGCUGCGUGCAGGAGUGGCAAACUCACGCGGCUCCGUAUUCCCAACCCCAAGAAACGAGCCCAGAUCGCGGCGACCGGUGUGGAGACCGCGGCGACAUUCGGCCACCAAGGGCAGGGAAUUUCGCCGAAGCGCAUGAAAGUGCUCAGAGCAAUCGCUGGAGGGCAUUAUGGGAAGCUGUCCUUUGGCUCUCUCGACCUAAUCUUUGACUUGUCCCAUGUCGGUUCGGGGGACCCCCUGCACAAGAUUGUUCUUGAACACUGGGCCAUGCUAAGAGAGUGCGUCGUGAGAAACCUCCCCGCUGCUGAGCUUGUUCGGCGGACUUGGGCGGUGUCCUGGGCUAAGAUCUCACGCAGCCCGCAAAGGUGGACCAUUGCAACCGGUCCAAUCGGUGCAAUGCAAUGUUACUUGCUCGACAUGGGUUUCGAAGCCCCCACGAUGGACAUCUGGAAGCGCGCAGAUGGUGACAUUGCUUUGAACUGGGGAUCUCCCAGCGCAGGAAAGGAAGUAGGCUUCCUACUUCAAAAAGCCCUGCUUAAGGACAGGUGGGAGCGCAUCGCCCUACAAGAAAAUGCAGGAGGAGCGCAGGAAGGUAUUGACUGGACGGAGCGGUACGCCGGGCCAACCAUGGUGGUGACGCCUUUUGCUGCAGGUGUGGACAUAGGACCAGAUCCGGUCUGGAAGACACUUUACCCAGAUGCACCUGAGUGCUUUGGUGUGCGGGGAAUGGUUCCCAAGCAGUCCACUAUGCACCCUGCUCUCGCUCUUAGCCAGAUGGCGGUGCGCAAGGAAGGCAUUUUCACAGGUGAGUUUCUCCCUGGGGAAGCCAUCUUUUUCGGUACCGAC